AUGUCGUUGAUUAUAUCGUCGGAGUUGGCUGAUGCGUCGUACAGGAAUGCCAAACUGUACUCGUUAAAGGGAACCGAUGUUGCACCUGGCUUGUCUUCCCAUAAUUUUGUUCCUGAUAAGCACAGAAGCAUGUACAUGAAUGAUUCUUACUCGAGUGAGAGUUAUGAAAAAUACUUCCUUGAUUCACCUACCGAAGAACUGAUAGAACCGUCGAGUUCUGGUGUUUCGGGAAAUUCGGUUCACGCUGAUUGUGAUUCUUACCAGAUCAGAGCUAGUUCUGGAACUUCUGUGGUCACUGAUAACCCGUUUGAUACUUAUGUUUCAUCAACAAGGCUUCAUGAUGCCUAUCAGUUGAAUUUUGAGUCAGAUUUAUUGGAAAACGAGAGCCCGGAUUGCUUUGAGUUUGAUGGUGAAAUGCGAUUGAAACUGCAAGAGUUAGAGAGAGCGUUGCUUAGUGACAAUAACGAUGAUGACGACGAUGAUGAGGAAAACAUGUUUAGAACUGUACAAAGCAUGGACAUUGAUCCUGACUUUGCUGAGUGUGCCAAUCUCGUUCAGAACAUGUCACAUCAUGACUCGCCAAAGGAAUCUUUGUCAUCGGAUUCGAAUCUUAGUAGCAGCAGUUGCACCAAAGAAAUAUCACAAAUCUCUCCCCGGACGCCGAAGCAAUUACUUUAUGAAUGUGCUUGUGCACUUUCAGAAGGAAAUGAAGGAAAAGCUUCAGCUAUGAUAGAUGAUCUCAGGCAGAUGGUUUCGAUUAAUGGAGAUCCUUCCGAAAGAAUUGCGGCCUACAUGGUGGAAGGGCUUGCGGCUCGUUUGGCUUCGUCUGGAAAAUGCAUUUAUAAGGCUUUGAAAUGCAAGGAACCUCCUUCUUCCGAUCGUCUAGCAUCAAUGCAGAUCCUAUUUGAGGUGUGCCCGUGUUUUAAGUUUGGAUUUAUCGCAGCAAAUGGUGCUAUUGCCGAGGCUAUUAAAGACGACAAGAAGGUUCACAUAAUAGAUUUUGAUAUCAACCAAGGAAGCCAAUAUAUAACCCUAAUACAAACACUUGCUUCUAGGCCAGGUAAGCCGCCUUUUGUGAGAUUGACCGGCGUUGACGAUCCUGAAUCCGUUCAACGAUCUGUUGGAGGCCUAAGUAUCAUAGGACAAAGGCUUGAAAAGCUUGCAGAAGUACUCGGACUUCCAUUUGAAUUCCGAGCCGUAGCAUCAAGUUCUUCCAUUGUUACUCCAUCAAUGCUGAACUGUCGUCCCGGGGAAGCAAUCGUGGUGAACUUUGCAUUCCAGCUUCAUCACAUGCGUGACGAAAGUGUAUCAACGGUAAACGAACGAGACCAGCUUCUUCGCAUGGUCAAGAGCCUUAAACCAAAACUUGUAACCGUCGUGGAACAAGACGUGAACACAAACACUUCCCCGUUUCUCCCUAGAUUCGUUGAAGCCUACAAUUACUACUCUGCUGUGUUUGAGUCGCUCGACGCCACUCUUCCAAGAGAGAGCCAAGACAGGGUGAAUGUUGAAAGGCAAUGCUUGGCAAGAGACAUCGUCAAUAUCAUCGCGUGCGAAGGCGAGGAAAGAAUAGAACGAUACGAAGUCGCCGGAAAAUGGAGGGCGAGGAUGAGAAUGGCAGGAUUCAUUUCAUCACCAAUGAGCACAAAUGUGGAAGAAGCAAUUAGGGAACUCAUCAGGCAGUACUGUGACAAGUACAAGAUAAAAGAGGAAAUGGGAGCACUUCAUUUUGGGUGGGAAGACAAAAACUUGAUUGUUGCAUCAGCUUGGAAGUAA